AUGGAAGUCCCCCCACUGCGGGAGGAGAUGGCAGCAGCGGGAGUAAUGGCGGAAGGCUUCACACUUCACUUGAACGGGGUUCCCCUCUCCUUGCCACCGCCGGAAGGUGAGCCAGUGGUACUGCUGGACCGCGGCAGGAUCGUUUCCUCGCUCCGCGACCGGCUGGCGUCCAUGGAGUUUGCCGAAGGGACCAAUGUGCGCAUCGACUUCGGGACCAAGGUCAAGUCAGUCGAUGUGGUUCAUCGAACGGUGACAGUGCUUCGCGGAGUAGGCUCUACGCACCAGGAGGAAGAGCUGAUCGAGUACGACCUGCUGAUCGGCUCGGAUGGCGUCCGGUCGCGAGUGCGCGAGGCAAUGAACAGCCAAUUGCCUCCAGGCCAGACGGCUAAGGCCGCAUGGUUUGCAUGUCAUGUUGGUUCAAGCUUCUUGCCUACAAAGAGCGGCAUAGAAGUCCACAGCCUAAUUAAUUGA